AUGAUAUGCCAUCCGGUCCUGCGGCCAGCAUUGGUCGCGAGCAGCGUCAGUUCACGCGCGACUGAACAGCUCGCCCGAGCUGCAACGUCGCGCAUUUUAGCCACGCAGCCAAUCGCGGGUCUCACCAUCUCAUGCCAGCAGCAGAAGAAGCAAUGGCACAGUACCGUCGUCAGGAAGCCUGUUGUGUUACCAGCGGCUGUUAAGCAUGAAUGCCGUCAGCCUGCAGCAUCAGCUUCAUCUCGCAUCAUCCCCACGACCGCCUACUCCACGGUUGUAGAGCCGCCCUCAACGCCCUAUGAUGGCAUUACGGUUGGCGUACCACGUGAAACUUUUGCCAAUGAGCGUCGCGUGGCCUUGACACCUCAAAAUGUGACACUUUUGAAGAAGAAGGGCUUUGCCAAAGUCAUUGUUGAGCGCGGCGCUGGUACGCUGGCUGACUUUCCUGAUGAGGCCUAUGAGAAUGCAGGGGCGACGCUCGUCGAAGCUGGCGGCGUCUGGGCCGCGGCCGAUAUUAUUCUCAAGGUCCGAGGGCCAAACACUGCCGAGAUUGAUCGCAUCAAGGAGGGUGCAACAAUCAUUUCAUUCUUGCAGCCUGCUCAGAAUCCGGACAUUGUCCAGCGACUGGCUGCCCGUAAUGUGACCUCGUUCGCAAUGGACAUGAUUCCGCGUAUUUCCCGUGCCCAAGUCUUUGAUGCACUGAGCUCCAUGGCAAAUAUUGCUGGCUACAAGGCUGUUCUGGAAGCGUCCAACAAUUUUGGGCGCUUUCUGACUGGUCAAGUCACUGCGGCCGGUAAAAUCCCCCCCUGCAAGGUUCUUGUAAUUGGUGCUGGCGUCGCUGGACUGAGUGCAAUUGCCACGGCGCGGAGGAUGGGAGCCAUUGUUCGCGGAUUUGAUACACGGUCUGCUGCUAGAGAACAAGUGCAAUCACUGGGCGCUGAAUUCGUCGAGGUUGAACUUCAGGAAGAUGGCUCCGGUGCCGGUGGCUAUGCCAAAGAAAUGUCUCCCGAGUUCAUCGCAGCUGAAAUGAAACUCUUUACGGAACAGGCCCGAGAGGUUGAUAUAAUCAUCACAACUGCUCUGAUCCCCGGGAAGCCCGCCCCCAAACUGAUCACAAAGUCCAUGGUAGAAAUCAUGAAGCCCGGUUCCGUCAUUGUGGAUUUAGCUGCUGAGGCUGGUGGCAACUGCGAAAAGACUGAAGCUGGAAAGCUGGUCACGCACAAUGGCGUCAAAAUCAUUGGCUACACUGAUCUCCCCUCUCGGCUUCCCACUCAGUCUUCGACACUUUACUCCAACAACAUUGUCAAAUUUCUCCUGUCCAUGGCACCAAAGGAAAAGUCCUACGGAAUUGACUUUUCAGACGAAGUCGUGCGAGGUGCCAUCGUCACAAUGAAUGGAGAAGCUAUCCCUGUUGCUCCAAGGCCUGCUCCCCCACCAGCACCAGUGGCAAAGCCCACGGCAGCCGUGGAGGAAGUGGUGGCUAUUACUCCUUUCCAGAAGACCACAAGGGAGGUCACUGCUGUCACUGCUGGAAUGGGAACGGCUUUGGCUCUUGGCAAAUUGACUGGACCACUCUUCAUGGGAAAUGCUUUCACUUUUGCUUUGGCCUCGCUCAUUGGAUAUCGAGUUGUUUGGGGGGUGACGCCUGCCCUUCACUCGCCGCUCAUGAGUGUCACCAACGCCAUAUCUGGAAUGGUUGGUGUUGGCGGAUUCUUUGUCAUGGGAGGUGGUUAUCUCCCCGAAACGUUUCCCCAGGUCCUGGGUGCGGUAUCCGUACUCUUGGCCUUUGUCAACGUCUCUGGUGGAUUUGUCCUCACCAAGCGAAUGCUGGACAUGUUCAAACGUCCCACUGACCCACCUGAAUAUCCAUGGCUCUAUGCUGUCCCGGCUGCAUUGUUUGGAGGAGGCUUCCUAGCUGCAGCUUCAACAGGCGCGGCCGGGCUGGUGCAGGCUGGAUACCUCGUGAGCUCGGUCCUAUGUAUCAGCUCCCUCUCGGGCCUAGCCUCCCAAGCGACAGCUCGCAUGGGGAAUAUUCUUGGUAUUCUUGGUGUCGGUUCUGGCAUCCUUGCCUCGCUCCUAGCUGUCGGUUUCUCACCAGAGGUCUUGACACAGUUUGGCGUGCUCGCUACCAUUGGCUCCGUUGUUGGGUUCGUCAUUGGCCGUCGGAUCAUACCUACUGACCUGCCUCAGACUGUGGCGGCUCUUCAUUCCGUGGUCGGCCUAGCUGCCGUGCUCACGAGCAUUGGAAGUGUCAUGGGCGAUUUGUCCCACGUAACGACCCUACAUCUCGUUACUGCAUACCUUGGCGUGCUCAUCGGUGGUAUUACAUUCACUGGAUCCAUUGUCGCCUUCUUGAAACUGGCUGGGAAAAUGUCCUCACGGCCACUACGCCUUCCCGGACGCCAUCUGAUCAAUUCUGGAAUGUUGGCUGGAAACUUUGCCACCAUGGGUGCGUUCGUCACAAUGGCGCCGGGGUCUCCAAUGAUUGCUGCACUCGCAUUGAGUGCAAAUACCAUACUGUCGUUUGCCAAGGGUUUUACGACGACAGCUGGAAUUGGAGGCGCAGACAUGCCUGUCGUCAUCACGGUGCUGAAUGCUUACAGUGGUUUUGCACUCGUGGCUGAGGGCUUCAUGCUUGAUAAUCCCUUACUUACCACGAUUGGUGCCCUGAUAGGCGUAUCUGGUUCAAUCCUAUCGUACAUCAUGUGUGUCGCCAUGAAUCGAUCUCUAACCAAUGUCCUCUUUGGCGGUAUAUCGGCGCCGGUCGAGACAGAGUACAAGGUGGAAGGAGUGAUUACCCAGACCAAUGUCGACGACACUGCUGAAGCACUGACAAAUGCCGAAAACGUCAUCAUUGUUGUUGGUUAUGGCAUGGCAGUGGCAAAGGCGCAAUAUGCCCUCAGCGAGAUCGUCAGCACACUGCGGUCCAAGAAGAUCAAUGUCCGAUUUGCUAUUCACCCCGUUGCCGGUCGCAUGCCUGGGCAAUGCAACGUUUUGCUGGCUGAAGCCAGUGUCCCAUAUGAUAUUGUGCUAGAGAUGGAUGAAAUCAACGACGACUUCCCUGAUACAGACCUGGUCCUGGUCAUUGGGGCUAACGAUACAGUCAAUCCUAUUGCUCUUGAGCCAAACAGCCCAAUCGCUGGUAUGCCGGUGCUUCACGCUUGGAAGGCGAAACAAGUCAUAGUGAUGAAGCGGGGUAUGGCUUCUGGCUACGCCGAUGUCCCGAAUCCCAUGUUCUACAUGCCUGGGACAAAGAUGCUCUUUGGCGAUGCCAAGGUGACUUGUGACGCAAUCAAAGCGGCGAUCGAGUCUCGGACUUAG